AUGUAUCCCAAUACUCGUUCCGAUCGGGUGACGUAUUUUGAUGUUUUUCCGUCAUGCAUUUUUAAGACCCGACAUAGACAUCAAUUACCAUCCGUCCACAUGGACGUUGGUGUCAUCACACGAGCACCAAACACAACAAAACUCUUUUAUUCCAAAACGACGCAGAUUGCGGACACUCACGCACAAAAGAAAAGUUAUUACGAAAGUCAUCCCUUUUACUCUCUCUUUUUUCAACAAAACGACGAGAACGUUGAAAAAUCCGAUGACGAGAACGAAUCGGUCGAAAGUUUAGUUGAAGAUGACGUUGUCAAACAAAUUGACACAAACGUCAUCAAAGUUGAGUCGACGAAUGUGAUUUUAGACGAUUGGGAGCACCAAAUCGUUUGGAGUCAAAAUUCGACAAAGUCGAAAUUACCAAAAGUUGAGAAAGUCAGAAAUCCUCCGCUUGAGAAGAGCGACACUUUCUUACAAGUCAACCCGUGGCGGAUCUUCAGUGGGAGUUGUCCUCCAAAACGUUUAGAGAACACAUCAACGAGUAUGCGGUGGUCACUCUUUCCAUUAGAGAAUGAAUUGUUACAAAAGGAUUGUUGGGAGAGUGAUGUGUUAUGGGACGAACCCCAAGUAAGCGCGCGAAAGGAGAUUCCCUUAUAUUUGGAUUUGAAUGACACGGGACUCUUAUUAACAGAAGCCGUAGUACCUGCAGACCCCGACAUGAGUUGCGAAGAGAGUGUGAACACUCCGAUGGAUAUUGAAACUGAUGAAGCGAUUAAAUACAAGGAAGAUGAGAAAGAGAAUAUUGGCAUCAAUGAGACUUUUAACACUCUCGAGAAAAGCGAUUUGAAGGACGUCUUUGUGAAAUUGGAAGAGAAGAAAGAAGAGAAGAAAUUGGCGGCGUUGCCCGGACUGGGAGAUACCGUCACGAAAUUAACGAGUUUACCGGGCCUCAGUGAAGCCCCUGUGUUACCGCCACCGAUGAAAGAUAUCAUGGACGAAGACGAGACGGAGACGGACACUUUUGAGAAGAAGGAGAAAGACAAGUCUGAGAAGGUUGAGAAGAGUGAGACUAAAGAGAAGCAAAAGAACGACGCGAAGAAGGAGAAAUCAAAGAAGAGGAAGACAAAGAAAGACGAGAAGAAAGACGAGAAAGAAGAUGAAGAGAAUGAAGAGCCUAAAAAUGAGAAUGAAGAGGCCAAGAAAGAUGAGAAGAAGAAGGAGAGAAAGGUCUGGAAGAUAGCAGACGAGAAGUUGGAAGACUUGUCGAAUGACCGAUACUACUUCAUGGGAAAGACAGGGUAUACCCAGAAGAAGUUUAUUAUUUAUCACUCCGUCCCUGCAGCACAUUUAGAAACGUUUCAAACGCACUUAACUAUGACGGAUCUCCAAAACUUCCAUCGGCCAUUGUUAAGUGGGAGAGAUACGGAGAAUAUGAAGAUCGCGUCGAUUCCCGUGAAAUUGCAGAACAAAAGAUUUAAUGUGAAUAACACGUACGUCCCACAAGACACAAAGGAAUUGUCUUCUAAAGACGGGAAAAUCCACUUAAUAGAAUAUAUUGAGGAAUUCCCACCUUUACUCUCUGAAGUUGGGAUGGGAGCGAGAAUUAGAAAUUACUGUCGAAGAGAAGACGAGUUAAUUGUGCCUGAUAAAUUUUCGACGGGAGAGAUGGUCAUAGUGGAGAGAGGGGAGGAGUCUCCGUUCAUUGGGAAAGUCAAGUCGGGGAAGCCUGUGCAAUCCAUUGAUAAUAAAAUGACAAAAACGCCGAUUCAUGAGAGUAAAGUGUCGACGUGUGACUUUCUUUUAAUUAGAAAUGUCGAGGGGGACGAAUGGAGUAUUCGAGAAAUCGACCACCUCUUUGUAGCGGGACAACAACAGCCACAAAAAGACACUGAGAUUCCUGUUCCUGGGAGUAAAGCAGAGACACUCUUUGUCAAGGAACGUCUUGAAACGGCGAUUUAUUUACAAUUUCAUCAAAGCACUACAUUGAGGAUAUCUGACUUUGUGUAUUCAUUCCCGUUACUCACUGAAUUGACUGUGAGAAAGAUCUUGAAGAAGUGCGCAACAUUCAAUCGGAAAGGAAAUGGGAAUGGCGGGAAUUGGGAAUUGAAGUCGGACUAUAAAUUGAUGAGCGAGGACGAUUUGUUUAGUAAGAUGACGCCGGAGAGAGUGUGUAGUUACGAAGCGAUGAUGGCGGGGAAGAUGCGCCUGCAAGACAAAGAAAUUGAAUUAUUUAAAUACUCCCAGCUAAUUAGUGCGAAACAAAGUUUCGAUGUAGAGUUAAAGAAACGUGUUGAGCCACUGAUAGAAGAGGUGAGAAUAGCGCCUUGGACAUCAAUGAAUGUGUUGGCGAAGGAAGUGAAGGGGACCAUUCAAGCCGACUUCUAUGUGAAAGAUACCGACCCGAGACACUUACUCGAGUUCUAUCGGCGGUAUAUUCCAAAACAAACGGGGACGUCGAAAUUGAAUUCUGAAAUUAAGUCACGAUUUGGGGACUUGAGGAAAUUGACGAUCUCACAACUGCGCAGUGCGCUGAAGAAUUGUGGAGUGAAUGACGAGAGAGACUUAUCGAAGACGCGGUGGGAGUUAGUGAAUUUGUUACAGAAAGAAGUAGCGCGUGGGAUUGGAGUGAAUACGGAGCCUGUGAAUGGCAAUCGGCCUGUGACUAACACGGCGUCUGCAUUAAAGAAGCAAAAGAAGAUCAAAGAGAUCUUUGAAGAGCAAAUUGAGUUUAUCACCGAUGAGAACAUCGUCGAGGAAGAUGAAGAGAGUGACUCGGAACAAGAGACGCGAAAGGUCAUCGAAGGAUAUUUGAAAGCAAAGCGAACGGUCAAAGAAUAUAUCCCAAGAAGGAAAGAUGCGUUACAACAGCGAAGCUAUCGAAGUCAAGUCACCUUCCACAAGAAGAGGAUUAUGGACCCGACUGCGGAAGCGAACAAACAAAAGAAUCGAAAGGAUAUCCGGAAAUGCCGAGAACAGAUACGAAGGAUGAAAAAGAAAGAACUUGAAGCGACGCGAGAGAAAGACAUGCCGCCGGAGGUUAAAGUGAUUGAAGAGGACAAUGUGGUGUUUGACGCGAUUUCUGGCGAGGAAGUUGUGUUGAAGAAAACGCCAAUGAUAGAAGAGAAGACCGAAGAGAAGGAAAUAAGUGAAAAGGUAGAGAAGCCGAUUCAAGUCAAAGUGGAGAAGGAAAAGAAAGAGGUUUCGAAGAGAGAGAAACGGCGCCGAGAAAGGAAGGAAGAAGUGGAGAAGACUAUUAGAGGGAGUAGUAUGGAAGAAGACUUAACUGGUGAAGUUACGAUUGGAUUACAGACAUAUGAGAAUUAUGAGAAGAGUGAGAGACUGCGAGAGAAGAGUGGAGUUAUAGUGGAGAAGGUGGAAAAGACCGAAAAGAUUGAAAAGAUGGAGAAGAGUAAAGGUGGGAAAGAUGAUUUGAAGAGCGUAUUGGAGAAGUGCACUAAUGAAAUGAAAAGAAAUAAACUGUUCAGUUUCUUUGUACAACCGGUGGACACUGCGGCUAUUAAGGACUACUUGAGUAUAGUCAGAGAACCGACAGAUCUCAAUACGAUUGGGAAAAAGGUCAAGAAAGGAGAGUAUCUGACUCUUGAAGACUAUUUGAAUGAUAUUGAAAAGCUUGUGAAUAAUUGUUAUAGAUAUAACAGCAGAGGGAUGUUCAUGUGCGCUACUCUUAUUCCAUACGCUGAUUUGCUCUACGAAUUUGUGUUAUCGUAUUUGGCAAAGAAUGUGAGCAAUAAGGAUUGUUUGUAA